AUGGGUGAGCAAGCCCACCACGGAGCCCCAGUGUGCUCUGGCACCAACUCCAGGAAGUGCCAGGACCUAGGAGACUCAAUUCUUCUGAUUCUGGGCAGCUUCAUCUUGCUCAACGUGGGGAUCAAUGUGGUGACUCUGCUCUGGAGGCAUCUGAAGAGCUCCUUGCGGAUUCUUUUCCAUCAUUUUUUCCCCAAAGACAAGCAACCCAACUCCAUAGGCAACCAGCCCACGGGGAUGCGCUACUCUGUGGAUUCCAAGAACCUCUGCUUACGAGUCCCUUCCCGCUUCCAUCGCUGUCCAAGCCUCCUGCUCAGGAACCCUAACCAGCCUGACUCCUGCACACCAGAUACGAAUGAUGAGAAGGAAUUUAGGUGCUACUGGAUAAAGCCUCAGUACGGACAUGCCAGGGCUCCCAUAGAGACUCUACGGGGACUGUGGAGGGAGGGCAUGAAGGGAGCGAGGGAGGCCCCUCACAUCACAGCCACAAAGGCCCAAGACACCUAUCUCUCCAGGCAAGGGACAUCUUCCCCGUUCCCCAGGAUGAGCAAGUUAAAUAUGGUUCCACUCUGCUUGCCCCAAGGGAAUAAGACUAAGACCCCAGAUUAUGCUCCAGCCAAGACAUGGACCCACCCUCCACCCCGACACCCUGAGCACACCCCUACCCAGGCCCAGACCCGCCCCCCAGUGCACCCCUGUGAGCACACCCCCACCCAGGCCCAGACCUGCCCCCCAGCCCAACCCCCUGAGCACAACCCCACCCAGGCCCAGACCUGCCCCCCAGCCCAACCCCCUGAGCACAACCCCACCGAGGCCCAGACCUGCCCCCCAGCCCAACCCCCUGAGCACAACCCCACCGAGGCCCAGACCCGCCCCCCAGUGCACCCCUGUGAGCACAACCCCACCCAGGCCCAGACCCGCCCCCCAGCCCAACCCCCUGAGCACAACCCCACAGAGGCCCAGACCUGCCCCCCAGUGCAGCCCUGUGAGCACAACCCCACCCAGGCCCAGACCCGCCCCCCAGCCCACCCCUCUGAGCACAUCCUCAUCCAGGCCCAGAUCCGCCCCCCAGUGCAGCCCUGUGAGCACAACCCCACCAAGGCCCAGACCCGCCCCCCAGCCCACCCCUCUGAGCACAUCCUCAUCCAGGCCCAGAUCCGCCCCCCAGUGCACCCCUCUGAGAACACCCCCUCCCAGGCCCAGGUCCGCCCCCCAGCCCACCCUUCUGAGCACACCCCUGCCCAGGCCCAGGUCUACUCCAUAGUCUGCACCCCUGAGCACACUGGCACCCAGGUCCAUGGCCCUGAGCAUACCUCAGCCCACACCCUGGCCCAGGACCCAGCCAAGCUUUCCUUGGAUGCCUUUGGCCAGUCCCUGGACUACAUGCUUGAGCACCUAACAGUCCCCACCCCAACCAGCAACCCUGCUCAUCCAACCUAUACCCAUGCCCACAAGUUGGUCCCUCCCCCAACCUCUGCCCCAGACCCUCCUCUAACUUCUUCCCUUGCUGCUACACCUGCCCCAGCCCCUGUUCCAAAAUUUGCUUCAAACCUUGCCCCAGCACUGGUCAUGGCCCCAACUACCACUCCAGUUCCUACUCAUACCCCUCCCCCCACCCCUACCUACAGCCUAACUCCUACUCCCUCUGCCCUGGCUGCCUUCAAUCAAGACCCCUCCGCUGGCCAUGUGUUCUAUGCUGCCCCCAUGGCAAAGAAGAACUUAUUCUAUGGGUGUCCCACCCAGAACACUGGGUACUCCAGAAGGGACUUGGGUACCUUCGCCAGGCCCCAGGACAGGCAGAGACUGGUAAACUCUAGUAAAGCCGAGCAAACAUUGAAGCAACUUAGUGGGGAUACUGCCAACACCCCCACAGGAUCCACAGUAGGUUGCCUGAAGUCGGAGAAUAUGGGAUGGAAUGACUCAAAUGAUGCCAAAGACAAGGUCUUACAGCCCAAGACCUUCCCUUACUGCAGCUUCCAUCCUUGCAAUUCUGAGAGGAGAAACACAGACUCCCAGCCUCCAGCCUAUCCCAAAUUCCUGGUCUACUCCAAGGACGACUCACCUUCUCAACCUUGCUUUCACUCUCCCACCGGCAGCGUCCAGAACUCAAGGUGUACUGUGCCUCCACCAUACACUCUUUCUCUUCCUCUUGUUUCUCCCAGAUCCUUUAUUCUUCAACAACCCACCAACCACCAGGUGAAGCCCUCCACCUCAACACAAAUCCCCACCGGACCCCCAGUCUCCAUACUCUCUUCCCAGUUUCCCAUCCCUUCCCAGUUCUCCAUCAUUUCCCAACCCCCAAUCCAACCCCAAUCUUCUGAACUUCAUGAGAGUCUAGGCCUCACCCAAGACUCUGGCCUCCAAAGAACCCCAGGCCCUUCAAAGGACUCUAAAGUUCCCAAGAACCCAGGCCCUGGUCAAGAUCCAGGCCUAAAAAAGAUGCCAAACCUUACCCAACAUCCUCAUCUCUGCAAGAGUUCAGGCCCUUCCCAAGACCCUGGCAUUCACAAGAAUCCAGUUCCCCAAGAGUCUGGCCCUGAAAAGUGCCUUGGUCCGCCUCAAAAUGUAGGUGUUUUUAGGAGCCCAUAUCUCACCCAACCCUCUGGCCUCCAUAAGAACAAAGCAUUUCUCCAAAAUCCUGACAUUCAGAGGAACUCGGGCUUUGUGCAAGAGACUGUAUCAUGCAAAAAUCAAGAUCUCUCCCAAACAACUGGCGUCCAUAACAGCCCAGGCCUUCCUCAAGAUUCUGGAGGUUACAAGAGUACAGCGCAUGCCCAAGAUCAGAGAGUCGCUAGGAGUCUAGGCCUUACCCAAGAUUCUGGCCCACAGAAGGGGCCAUGCCUUGCCAAAGACUCUGAAGUAAACAAGAGCUCAGGCCAGGAAUCUGGUCUCUACAAAAACCCAGGCCUUGCCCAAACCUGUGGCCUCCAUAAGGGCUCAGGCCUCACCAAAGACUCGGGAGACUACAGAAAUGUAGGCCUGACUAAAGUUUGUGACCCCUGUGUGAAUCCAGGCCUUACCCAAGCCAAUGAAGCAAAAAAGAGAUGUGGCCUUACCCAAGAUGUUGGCAUGUACAGGAACCCAGAACACACUCCAAACCCUAACUUCCACAGGUACGCAGGGAUUCAACAAGAUUCUGGCCCACAGAAGGGCCCGCGUGUUAUCCAAGAUGCUGGCUUCCUCGGGACUCACGGCCUUACCAAGGAAUCAAGCCUCAUCCCAAAUCCUGACUUGCACAAGAACCCAGGCCUGGCUCCAGGUACCAACUCUGCCCAAGUCUUGGGUCCGUCUCAGACUCCAAAGUCCUCACAGCCCUUGAAGUCAUUCGUGUAUGAGGAGACUCCUCAGAAGAACGCGGAGCAGCAUCCCCCAUGGACUCCUGACCCUGCCAGCCAGUACGCCUGCCCUUCCAAGGCCCAGGUGGUCUACAGUGACCUGCAAACCUUCUCAGAGGUGCCCGUAUUGAUUGAGUUACAACCAUCCUCCCACCGAGUAGGUGGCCAAGACUGGGUGUACCGCCCUGUGGAUACAGUUCCUCCAGCCUGCCAGAACUACCACCAGAUGCCUAUGCCUCCAAAACCCAGCUUGAAGACUCACUGUCCUGGGGCAAGCGCCCGGGUAGGGCACGUGGUCUUCGAUGCCCGCCAGAGGCCUUGCGGCGUGGGCAGAGACAAGCGUGAAGCUCUAUCUCCCAGGCGCCUUCGCCAACAGGCAUCCGGCAACUCACUGGAGAACACCGAGUGGGGAUAUCAGUGUGUCAUGA